AUGGCAGCGGCCACCAAGCUCGUCCUCUCCCUUCUCUUCUUCCAGCUCGCCACCACCGCCUACUCCAUCGGCGUCAACUACGGCACCCUCGCCGACAACCUGCCUCCUCCUGCACAGGUCGCCAACUUCAUCAAAACCCAAACCAUCAUCGACGCCGUUAAGAUCUUCGACGUCAACCCCGAUAUCAUCAGAGCCUUCGCUAACACCGGCAUCUCCCUAACCAUCACCAUCCCCAACGGCGAGAUCCCCGGCCUCACCACACUCGAUGGCGCCAAGCGUUACGUCGCACAGCACAUCCAACCUUUCUAUCCUGCAACUAAGUUCAAGUACAUUCUGAUGGGGAAUGAAAUCCUUCACUGGGGAGACGCAGCUCAGAAAAACGGACUCGUUCCGGCAAUGAAGAUGCUCUACGCGGCUUUGAUCCAGGCGGGUAUUAAGGACGUUAAAGUCUCUACCCCACACUCGUUGGGGAUAAUGCUCUCGUCUGAACCGGCCAGCGCUGGCCGGUUUAGACCCGAAGUGAUCCCGAUAUUACUUGACCAGCUCAAGUUCUGUCGGGAGACAAAGUCCCCGUUCAUUUUCAACCCCUACCCUUACUUCGGGUGGUCACCUCAGAAGGAGAACUUCGCUUUGUUCAGACCCAACAAGGGCAUUUUCGACCAGUUCACCAAGAAAAUGUACACCAACAUGUUCGACAACUUGAUGGAUGCCGUGUUCUCAGCUUGCAAGGCUCUAGGAUUCACCGACGUCCAGUUCGUUGCCGCCGAGACCGGCUGGCCUUCGGCUUGUGAGUUCCCGGUGUGCUCGGUUCAGAACGCCGUGGACUACAACUCGAACUUGAUCAAGCACGUGAACUCCGGCAAGGGAACUCCUCUGAUGCCCAACAGGAAGUUCGAGACUUACAUCUUUGCCUUGUUCAAUGAGAACCAGAAGCCGGGGCCGAUGGCCGAGAAGAACUGGGGGCUGUUCAGGCCUGACUUUACUCCGGUUUACAAUGCCGGUGUUAUGCGCAACCAACAGGGAGGUGCAUUGCCUGGCAAACCAGCUGGACCAGUACUAACCAAACCAGCUCACCCACAUAUUCCACCAGGCAGACCAGCAAAGCCAGGAAAACACCUAGGCAAACCAGGAAAGGCAGCAACAAGACCAGCUGUACCAGUUGCUGGAGGCAAGAAGUGGUGUGUAGCGAAACCAGGGGCAAGUCCUAAGGCUUUGCAGGCAAACAUUGAUUACGUGUGUAGCAAGGGAGUGGACUGCAAGCCCAUUCAAGCAGGUGGAGCUUGCUCCUCCGGUGAUCUUGCUAGUAAGGCAUCUUUCCUCAUGAAUUCUUACUAUCAGGCCAAUGGCCGUAACAACUUCAACUGCGAUUUCUCUGGAAGCGGGCUAAUCACCACCGUGAACCCCAGCCGCGGGGCAUGUGCAUACAAAGCUUGAAGAAGCCAAGAGGAAGAGCAAUAUGCAGAUCCACUGGUUUUGAAAUCGUAGUAAUUACUGUAUUUUUUUUUCAUCAAAAUUUUUGGGGAGUACGCGCGCUGUUGAACUGAACAUGCUGCCAAUGCCACAACUUUAACUUAUUGUACAAAACGAUUUGACAAGGAAUGAUUAAUGAAAGCACUUUC